GCUCUCAAAUUACCUGCCCCGGGAAGGUGAGGCGGACGGCGCCGGGGGCUGAGGGCGCGCGCGGCCUCGCGGGCGGACUACAACUAACCAUGAGGCUCUGGGGCCGCGCAGGCGCGUCGGGGCUUCAGGCCCCAGCGCUGGGACUCCAUUGGCUGGCUGUGCCCUCCGCUGGGAGCCCUGAUUGGCUGAAGGGCCUGAGGCGACAGAUUCCGGAAAGGGGAAGAGCAGCCAACAUGGCGGCUGAACGCGGUGCCGGCCAGCAACAGUCGCAGGAGAUGAUGGAGGUUGACAGGCGGGUCGAGUCUGAAGACUCCGGCGAUGAAGAAGGGAGGAAGCAGAGCAGCGGCGUCGUGGCAGACCUCAGCGAGCACAGCCUAAAGGACGGAGCGGAGCAUGGGGAGGAGGACCCACAAGAAGGACAAGAGCUGCCUGUGGACAUGGAAACCAUUAACCUGGACAGAGAUGCAGAGGAUGUGGACCUGAAUCACUACCGCAUUGGGAAAAUUGAAGGAUUUGAGGUUCUGAAGAAAGUGAAGACUCUGUGCCUCCGUCAGAAUCUGAUUAAAUGUAUUGAGAACCUGGAAGAGUUGCACAGCCUCCGAGAGCUGGAUCUCUAUGACAACCAGAUCAAGAAGAUUGAGAAUCUGGACACACUGACAGAACUGGAGAUUCUAGACAUUUCUUUUAAUCUACUGAGAAACAUUGAAGGGAUUGACAAGUUGACACGACUAAAAAAACUCUUCUUGGUCAACAAUAAAAUCAGUAAAAUCGAGAAUGUAAACAACUUACAUCAGCUGCAGUUGCUGGAGCUGGGGUCCAAUCGCAUCCGGGCCAUUGAGAAUAUCGACACAUUAACCAGUCUGGAGAGUUUGUUUUUGGGGAAAAACAAGAUCACUAAACUUCAGAACCUGGACGCCCUUGCCAACCUGACAGUCCUCAGUAUGCAGAGCAACCGGCUAACCAAGAUCGAGGGGCUGCAGAGCCUGGUGAACCUGCGGGAGCUGUACCUCAGCCACAACGGCAUCGAGGCCAUCGAGGGCCUGGAGAACAAUAACAAACUCACAAUGUUGGACAUUGCAUCAAAUAGAAUCAAAAAGAUAGAAAAUAUCAGCCAUCUAACAGAGCUGCAGGAAUUCUGGAUGAACGACAAUCUCCUGGACAGCUGGAGCGACCUGGACGAGCUGAAGGGAGCCAAGAGCCUGGAGACGGUUUACCUGGAGCGCAACCCUCUGCAGAGGGACCCGCAGUACAGGCGGAAGGUCAUGCUGGCCCUGCCCUCCGUGCGGCAGAUCGAUGCCACCUUCGUCAGGUUCUGACCCCGCACUCACCUGGCCCCCUCUGCAAAACAGCUUCCCAGCCAUGAUUUUUUAGUCCGUCCGUUGCUCCAGAAAUCAUCACUAUAUCAAGUCACAAACCCAAUGGCAAUAAAAAGGCACUGAGUGAUAACUGCCGUGCGAUGCCCACUCACCGCUGCGACACCAUCCUUUACCCGCCACCACAUGCCGUCAGUAGCUAAUCGUCGCGGCCGCUGCACCACUUGUGCCCCCCGCUGCCGUUUUGGUGUUUCUUUCUUUGUCAGAGGACACCUCCACCUGAGGGUCUAAGCGCCGUCAGACGUCCACGUGCUGCCAGGUGGGCAUUCAGGGGCCGUCCAGCAGUCCUCUAGCCUGUCGCCCAGAGCUUUUCAGUCCUCCAGACCAGUCGGUGCAGUUUUUAAAAAACGAUAUAACCACACAGUGAGUAAAGGAUGACUCAGCCUGGGUGACUGCAGUGGCGCAUGCAGGUCACUGAGCCCCCAGGCCCUGUGACGUCGGUGGUGCCUUGUGCCGCUGACCACCCCUAAGCCUCCCCCAAGACUACACAGAGCUGACCUGUCAACCGCCUUUAAUACCGUCCCUCACCCCCACCUCCCCGUUCUUACCUUACCCCGUCAUUGUGCUAGCUUGUCUUUUACCAGAUUUACCGCCACAGUCACCGAGGUCUGGAUUUAAUGUACAAGGAAGGACCUGUCAUCCCUCAGGAUGUCAGAUCUCCCCUGUGCAGAAUGAGGGCUUACAUGGGGUCACCACAGGUCCCUUGGCACUGUCCAGGAUGGGAGCCACUCACUGCCACACGUGCGGCUUCGGUUAAAAUUUAAAUUAGUUAAAGUGAAAGGGAAUAUUCAAUUUCUUGGUGGCACUCAGUAUAUUUCAGGUGCUCAGUCGCCACCUCGCGAGGGGCAGCCCGCCUGCACCGUCACAGAAAGCUCCCCCACCAGCACUGCUCCCCACCCUGAGAUGUAGCCGGAAUCAGGCUGCCCUGGGCCUGGGUGCGUGGGGGGUCGCCGGGCGGCGGGUGUCAACAGCCCAGAAAGCCGUAAGCAUGGCAGCGGCUACCCUGAGCUUCACGGUCAUGUCCAAUUCCCAACUCUAAUCUUUGCCAAAAUAAAUUGUGUGACCUGA